CUCUAUCAGUGGUUCUGUAGAGGAGUCUCUGGUAUUCACACAAGCAAGCCUCUGUGCUCCGUUAACAACAGGCCUCCUCCGUCACCGCACAGACUCACAGAAACAGGAUGCGUUCGUUGUGUGCUUUGGGUCUCUUUUUGGCUCUGCUGCAUCUUUCCAGCUCUCUGCGGCUGGCAGCCUUCAACAUCAAGUCAUUCGGAGACAAGAAAUCCUCCAACGUGACUCUGAUGGACAUCAUUAGCACGAUUGUCCACCGCUAUGACAUCAUUCUGAUCCAGGAGGUCAGAGACAGCGACCUGUCGGCAACCAAAAGACUCAUGGAGCACGUCAACAAGUUAGACAGUCAGCCCGAGUACAGUCACAUCGUCAGCGAGCCUCUGGGCCGCAGCUCCUAUAAAGAGAGAUACCUCUUCCUCUACAGGGAGCAGGCGGUGUCCGUGGUUAAAAGCUACACCUACGAUGACGGCUGCGAGCCCUGUGGCACAGACACCUUCAACAGAGAGCCCUUCGUCGUCAUGUUCACCUCCAAAAGUACUUACAAGCCAUGGAAAAAGGGUACUGUCUUUUUUUUUACCAUCAGACACCAGUGA